AGUCAACCCUUGGAUCGUUUAAGGGUGCACUAGUCCCUCUACAGCGCGCUCAAAAUACCUAAUACCUUAAAACUAAUUCUGUUAUAUCUCGAAAUGCGUUAACAAUAGAAAAAAAAAGAACAGUUGUGAUAUUUGUGGUAAUUAACGAUGACACUUUGUGACUUUCGCUGAGUAUUGUUUUUAAAACUAAGAUGUAUUCGCCCGAUAAGAUGAUGGGCUCGAAAGGUCCUACGGGUCUUCACGGGCCUAUUACUUCUACUGGUGCCUGUUUCGCUGGUAGGUACUCUCCUACCUACAGGAGUCCAGAGCCUAUGAGCAGAAGGUGCAUGCCUAACCCGUCGAGUCGAAUAUUAGAGGAUGCAUCAAUUAUGUGCAAUUCGUGGUCUCCAAGACAUAAUGGUGAUCUUUUUUCCGGACUGAACGAUGGACUGAUAAGUAGGGCCGAGGCCCUAGCGGCUGUCGAUAUUAAACACCAGGGAACUGGCGGUCAUGGAGGUCUUCCUCAGCUCAAACAUGAUAUGAUGUACCAUCACAGUAUGGGAGCACCACCACCGGUCAGUAGGCCACACCAUCAGAUGGGUCACAUGGACGGCCUCGAGAUGCUAGAUCCGAUAUCAUCAUCUUCCAUGACGACGUUAACACCAAUGUCGGAAACACCGACGCAUAUGCAUUCCUAUGGAAUGAACCAUGUCAUGAACCAUCAUCAUCAUGGAGGCCCUCUUUCGGGUCACAGUGCCCCAGGACAUCAUCCUGGUCAUCAUGGAGGGCAUCCAGGAGCACAUCAUCCUGCCAUGGCUGCCGCUGCCGCAGCAGCUGCGGUUGCCGGCCUGCAUCCAGAUGCCGAUACCGAUCCCCGAGAAUUAGAAGCGUUUGCUGAGAGAUUCAAACAAAGAAGAAUUAAGCUGGGGGUCACGCAGGCCGAUGUAGGCAAAGCAUUAGCAAACUUGAAACUUCCAGGUGUAGGAGCAUUAUCCCAAUCUACUAUAUGCAGAUUUGAGUCUCUUACACUAAGUCACAAUAAUAUGAUAGCUCUCAAACCAAUUCUUCAAGCAUGGUUGGAAGAAGCGGAAGCGCAAGCCAAAAAUAAAAGAAGAGAUCCAGAUGCGCCGAGUGUUCUUCCAGCUGGAGAGAAAAAGAGAAAAAGAACUUCGAUCGCAGCUCCGGAAAAACGUAGUUUAGAAGCUUAUUUCGCCGUACAACCGCGACCGUCCGGAGAAAAAAUCGCAGCUAUUGCUGAGAAAUUGGACUUAAAAAAGAACGUCGUGAGAGUUUGGUUCUGUAAUCAAAGGCAAAAGCAGAAACGUAUGAAGUUUGCGGCACAACACUGACCGGAAGUUAACUUCGGGUUUCCUGUAAAUUAGUAAAAUAGUGUUAAGUUGAAUCCCGUUGAAAUAAACUGACGAUGUAGAAACUCUCCUAGUCAAGAGAAUACACGUAAAUCUAUAUCGUUAUUGGGUGUGAAAGUAGCCGGAUCGACGUAGUGACAAAAUCAGAUGUUGAUUGACUAAUAGUGAAGUGAUUUUCCACAGUUUAGAUCCAUCUCUAAAAAAAGUCGAAUUCUGAUAAACUUUAUUCCUUCAUAAUGUUAUAAUGAGACUAUUUUUUUAAAAGUUUCUUAUAUUUUUCAUAUAUUUGUGUAAUAGUUUUUUGGAUGAUGGACCUAGAUACAUGCUUUUUAGCCCAUUUCGCUAAAUUUCAAUAAUGCUCAAAGCACUGUAAAUAAUAGUCAACACAAGUACCUUGAAAAUGGGACUGCUUGGAAACGGUCGCGAAUAUAUUGAGUUAAAUUUUGUUCUCGUCCGUUUUAAGCUAUGGGCAUGAAACAUUCAUUUACAACACUGUUAUACGUUUGCUAUUAACAAAUCUGGCAGUAAAUGAACUAAUACUCAUAAAAACAAGAACAGUCAAAGCAAAACUACUACCGCAGCUUCCAUAUUAGCCUGUAAAGAGGUUGAGAGAUAUGAAAAUACAGAAAAUUAAUAUGAAUAGAGUGACUGACAAACUAAUGACAUGAAAUGAAACAAAAAAAUAGAUAGAAAAAAGGAGGCUAGGUAGGCAUUUCCUUUUCAAUUAGUGAUUCCACAGAAACAAUAAAAAAUUAACUCCGACUAUAAUUUCAAACAUUUAAAAUACUUGUGAAUAUUCUAUAAUUUCAAACAAUAUAUUCUACUGCGGCUGUUUUUGAACAGAAACAUUCAUUUGUAAAAUAUAUUUAAGAAUAGUACAACCUUUUUAUACAAAUUGGAAAUGAUUGUUUUACGAUGUUUUACAAAUACACUCUGUGAAAAAGGUAACGCGUCCCAUAAAAAAUUACAGGUAUUUCGGUAUCACUCACUUUUUCCUUUUUUCGUUCAAAAAUAUUAUGUACAUUAAACUUGGGAACAAACUGUGAAUAUAGAAGGAGUCAGAAGUACGUUUCUGGGCUUUAUAACGCAAACUAAUAUCCGAUUUUCAACCCUCCCGUCUUUGCGGUAAAAACACGUAACUGCAAGACAAUUACAACAUGUCUUGGCCAAGUUUCGGAAAGUACAAAAACCCUAAUAAAUGUCGUAGAACUACAGGAAGCCUUCAAAUUAAUCCACUACUAGUGUAUCAUGUUGAAAAUCGAAAUCAAUGAAGAGAAAACCUAAUCAGUAGUAUUCAGAAAAAAAUGGACGAAAUCACCCAAUUAACCAAGUUCAAAUACCUAGGAGUCAUCCUUGAACAAGAACCACAUACACAAGGCGAGGAAAGCAUCUACUGCGUGGGGAUACACUGCCAAUAGUAGUCACAAGAGGAAUAUUAAUCUAAGGUGAACAAUGAACGCGUUUCGGUACAUGAGAAAGAAGUUGAAAGAAAUCAUGGAUGACAGCGCCAUGUGAAGAUUCAAAGAGCUGAGAACCAACCCCAACAUACAGUUGAGGAAAUAAAAAAAUACUAUAACAAUCAUUCAGAGCUGCAGAAUUUUUUAGUAAAAAACGGAGUAGGAACAAAUGG